AUGGCGAAUUACAAGCUUCUCAUCUAUCUUGCUGCGCUUUCGAGAGUACAUGCUACGGUUACACCCGGCGGCCUCGCUACCAUAUCAACUGCCGUAGAUGUCAACAGCCAGGCUGGAUGGUGGAAUCCCCUAGACGAAUAUGGCGGUUAUGAUUGGCUUGCCUACCUACGAAACCCUCCAGGUGGAAGCACAGCCAACAACAACGUGAUGGUAGCCCGUCGCUCCAUUUCCGAUGGCACCAUCUCCCGCGACUGCGUCAAGACUUCUGCUGGUCAAUGCGCUGUUUUCGCUGAUGACCUUGGCCACAAUACUCCGAGCAUUGCUGUAGACGGUGACGGUUACGUCCAUGUCUUCACCAGUAUGCACAAUGAACCGUGGCAGUACUUUCGGUCCGCCACGCCAUACAGCAGUACCCUGGUCGAUGCCAGCUCUGAAAUGUCGGAUCAAACCAUCAAAGUCACAUAUCCUGUCAUCAAACGUGACGCUGAUGGCAAUCUAUGGUUGAUGAUUCGUGGACAAGCGCCCAACGACAACAACGCAAAAGGUGGUUACCUUUACAAGUACACAACAAGCGAGGGUUCUUGGUCGCGAGUUGCUAUCUGGGCAUACAACAAAGGAUACUCAGUAUACCCAGACGAUAUCGCUUUCUCAUCGGAUGGUGAUAUCCACCUUCAGUGGGAAUGGAGCAAGUACCCUGCAUCUGCUGUUCGACAUCAGGGAAGCUACGUUCGCUACAACCCAUCGACAAAAGCUUUCACCUCAGCUUCGGGAGCCACAGUCUCUAUCCCCAUUACACAGAAUAGCGCCGAUAUUGUCUACCAGCCGUUGACGUCGGGUGAGACGUACAGUGGUGAUAUCAAUGCCUCGCCAGGUCCUGCCUUCCAAAGUGCGAAGAUGGCGCUCUAUGAGCGGCCUGAUGGAUCUGUUCACAUCCAGCAUGCAUAUCGCUUCAAGACUUCCAAUGCAGGUACAUGGCAGAUCCGUCGUGCCACUGCCACAUAUGGGACCCAGGAUCCUUGGAAACGGGAAAUACUUUACCAAGACAGUGAGACAAGUGCGGCACUAGGUAUCACGCAUGAUGGUACGAGUGCGCGUAUCUAUUAUUGCCGCUCUUCGGCCAGUGCACACGUGCUUGAGAAUUUUGGCGGUGCCGGCUGGACUAAUACAGCUCUUGAGCCUGUAGUUGGUAAGAAGGUGCAGCGUCUCCAAGCAUUGAUGAAGAAUGAUGGAACUGACGUCUUGUACUUGGGAUCCCCUACGAACGUCAACUCUACAACUGGAAGCCUGUACCUUAUGACUGUUGGGGGACGGGAGUAA